GAGAUGAAGAAGCGAAUGCGAACUGCAGUCAGGCCGGACGCGUAAAGUGAUUGGAGGUCUGUGUUGGGUUUAGGGGCCUUCCCGGAUGUGGUUAGCCUCGGAUACAUCAGCAUUCACCGCCGACAAUAACUCACACUGAGUCAUUCUUCCUCUUUAUCAAAUAUUAGUUUGCAUCGACGGCGACGCUGAAUGGUGAAGAUUAAACGGCAGGAAUACGAAGUCAGAUCCUGUACGCAGUUCCUGGAUCUCACCGAGUACAGGAACCCCGCUUAUGCACAACUGUCACAACCCCAUGGCCAUCUAUUCCCCCUUCUGGCCAAAAGACUAAAAGUCGCCGACGGGAGAUAGCGAUUGCUGCCUGCUCAGAGUGCCACCUGUACUCCGCGAGUAUUGCCCGAAAAGUCUCCCGACGUCAUUAUAAAACACAGAAGGCCUCCUAGUAAAUUGAUGGUUCUGUCAAGCCAUUCACCACUUGAUUCAUCUACACAACAACAAUGGCGAACCGAAACGGCGUACACCAUGGCUCCUGCGCCUGCGGGAAAGUGACCUAUCAAAUCAAGCUCACAUUCCCACCCGUUCUCGACCCAAGCGCCGAGUCAAUUCGUCUCUACAGAUGCAACUGCACGCAAUGCCAAAAGAUGGGACGUUUCCACUGCAAGCCGAUCGACAUGACCAAUGAUUUCAUCCUCACCUCCUCGUCGCCCUCGGAAAUGGGAGACUAUCGCACCUGUACGAAGAGGAUCGGGUUCUACUUCUGCAAGAGCUGUGGAUGCCAUGUUGUCGGGGUCGGAGGCGAAUGGGAGGAGGUUGAGCUGGAUGUCGAAGAGUGGGCUGGAAAGGAAAGCAAGGGCGAGGUGAAGAAGGUCUGGAGGGUCAAGGCUAUCGAGAACGCGACGUGGGUAAUAGACGGAAAGGAGAUCACGAAGAGACUGCUAUAUGUCAGUGUGAACGCGGGGACUUUGGAUCAGGAGGACGAAGGAAGUGUGGACUUGAUUGAGUGGCACGAUAAGGGAUGGUUGUUUUACGUUGAGAAUAAAGACAAGGCGCAGGGCACUCAGAUGCGCAUGGCAAAGCCCUACCCAGGCGGCAUGUAUUGAUCAGAUUUGUCCGAGGCUUUGGUCAUUGGUAGUUCUGUGAAAUUAUUC